CCCCACACCUCGCCUUCACGACCAUGGCGCAAGACAACGCGCGGGACAACAUCGCCGACGGGCUCGUCGCGAGCGCGUCGUUCACGGCGCCGUCGCUGUCGCCGAAGAAGGCCGCGCCCAAGAAGAAGCGCGCGAAGAGCAUCGGCCCCGGCGGCCUCGAGAAGGGAGAGGAGGCGCCGCUGAAGGCGAGCAGCGGGAACAGGCGCAAGUCUGCGUUUGUGCCCGCCGUCAAGUCGAUCCUGUCGUCCAACGCCGAAGACGAGAAGAAGCGCAAGGAGGCGCGCCGCAAAUCGCUGGCUAAGAGACGCGUGUCGUUCGCGCCCGAAGCCACCCUGCACACAUGGGACGUCGUCGAGUACAUGCGCGACGCCACCUCGUCGUCGGCCGCCUCGGACGCGACCCGCCGCGCCUCGCUGGCCUCGCAGGCCCAGCCCGAAUCCGACCCCGCUGAGCCGCCGUCCACGCCGCCCGAGCAGCUCGCAGAGGCCGCCCCCGACGCCGACUCGUCGCCCGCGAACCAGCGCGAGAGCCACCAGAAGAAGAACCGCCGCAGCUCCGGCAUCCCGCCCAUGAACUUCAACAACCCCGACGAUGUCUACUCGUCGAGCCCCCUCAGCGCCGACAACGCCGCCGAGAGCGAGUCCGAAGACGACGACGCCACGACAGACCUGCGGCCCAUGCCCGACAUCGAGGACAGCUCGCAGAGCAGCGCGCGCCUGGAUGCGGCCCUGCGACAGGCGUUCGAGCAGGCCGGCACCCAGAAGCUGGACCUCGACGAGUACGGCGAGAUGACCAUGGAGAUGGCCGACGACGAGAUCACAGCCUCCUUCAAGCCGUGGGCGCGCAAAGCCGCCGAAGCGCAGGACUCCUCCUCGCCCGCACCGUCAGACGCCGACGACGACAUGAGCAUGGACGUGACGCGCGCGAUUGGGCGCAUCGUGAACCAGCCAGACGCGAGCUCGGACAUGGAGGACGACACCGGCAUGAGCAUGGAGCUGACGAUGCCGCUCGGCAGCAUCCAGGCCAUGGCCAAGGGGCCUGCGAACAGGAGGAAGAGCCUCAAGCGAAGCGUGUCCGCCGUCGAGCCGUCACAGGGCAGUCCGGCGAAGAAGCCUGCCAGCCGACGCACCAGCCUCCGCAACCGCCGCAAGUCGGAAGAGCCCGCCGACGACGCGACCAUGGACCUCACAAUGGCUAUUGGGGGUAUUAAGAAAAACACGCCCGUUCAGGACGACGACGACAGGCGGAGCAGCAUGGGUAGCGUCGCCAUGGACGAGACUAUGGAUCUCACCAUGGCAGUCGGAAGCAUCAAGACGGCCCCAGCGGCCGAGGAUGAGAGCGAUGGAGACGACGGCUUCACUAUGGAAUUCACCAAGGUCGUCGGACCGGGCAUUAAGCGUGUUGAGAAGCCGACAGAAGCCCCUGCGACAGUCGACUAUCCUGUUCUGCCCGAGCUCGCAAAGUCACCCACACCAGAGGUUGCACCUCCUGUGGUAAAAGCACAAACACCGCAGAAGUCUCCCAAGGAGUCUCGCAGUGUCGCGGAGACUGCCCCUGAAACACAGCUGGACCCACUGCCAGUGCCAGUCGAGCGCACACCCACCAAGGCCAAGCUAAAUCUCGACCCUGGCACUCCAGAGUUUGUACGACAGCUGCCAGCGGGCGAUGUCGAGCCCUCGCCGUUCGUGAGGCGGACCCCGUUGAGCUCUCUCAUGAAGGAAGUCAUCACAACUCCUGUCAGCUCUGCGAAGGCUAUCACAACUCCCAGCUCUGCGAAGGCGGCUAUCACUACCCCUGCGAGCCACAGGAAGAGAGAGUCGUUCAUCAUCCCGGCUGAUCCCGUCGACGCUCCCAUCCUAAACAGACGCCGUUCGUCGCUGUCUGGCGUGCAGUUCAGCCCCAUUAGCGCACCACGCGACGAGCCGACACUGCGAAGCACAGCACUGCUGUCGAACAGCAUCAAGCUGCUGUCGACACCCCGCAAAGCGUCCUUGGCUUCUCCCGCGAAGCGCAGCAUGACGCCGAAGAAGUCGCAGACGCCUCAAAAGCAGGCCACUCCCAAGCAGAAGACCCCGACGCCCAAGAAGACUCCGAGGAGGUCGUUGAGCCCUAAGAAGCGUGUCGUAUUUGGUGCUGAGCCUGAGGAGGAGGCUGAGGAUAUUGAUGAGGCAUCAGACGUUGAGCGCAUCUCGCUGUCGGAAUUCUUGAGCCUGACAAAAAUCACCUUCAUGGACGUGAGUGCGAGCAAGCGACGCGCCACUGUGGCUCCAGCCGCCUUCCUCGACAUGGACGUCGACGAGACUCCGGAGACGCUGGACCGCUAUGUUGUUGCUGGUGCUUGCACGGUGCCUCAGUACGAGCUGUACUCGCACGCAUGCCACGAGAUGAAGCGAUACAUCUCAUCCGGCCGCGAGGCUGUCCGCCAGAUCGAGGCGGAUGUCGGAGAAGACAACCCGCUGCUGUUCAGCGAGUACCUGACCGCGCCGCCCGACCAGCGUGUGGUCAUGGACACGCAGUUCAAGAACAUGAAGGUGGGUGCGCGUCUUGAGGCUCGGGGCGAGUGGUACUCGUGGCGGAGCACGUUACUGGGGACACUCAAAGCCGGCCUGUUGUCUACUGUAGAAGCCUUCAAGCAUGAUGAGACGUCGCUGUCCAACCAGGAGCGUCUUCUUGAUGUUGUUCUGCCGCCGCUGGUUGAGAGGCAGCAGCAGCUGGCCCAACAGCAGAAGCAGCUGCAACAGCGCCACGACGAGCUCAACAGCUGCGACCGCGAGGAGCUUGAGCAGGCGCGCGAGAACCUCAUCGCGGCGGAUGCCGAUCUGCAAGCGAAGCGCGAGCUCCUCGUGCAGCUCCAGCAGGAAUACGCCGAGAAGGAGGCAAGCAUCGAGGCCGUCAAGGAGCGCAAGGUUGAGUGUCUCGCCGAGAUCAAGGCAGCCGAGCGCGUCCGUGAAGAGUGUCGCGGCUGGUCCACGACGGAAGUGAGGGAUCUGAAGGCCAAGGUCUCCGCCCUCGAGCUCGCCCACGGCUGGAGCAUCACCUCCGCCUCCGCCACGACCAUCACCAUGACGCUCCUCUCCGACCUCGAGCUCUACUUCCACCCGCACUGCUUCGCCACCACCUCGCCCACCCCGACCCCCAACGGCCCCAUCUCGCUCGCCUACAUCGGCGACACCGCCCGCCCGCACCCCCGCCCGCUCACCACCAGCAAGCGCUUCUUCCUGCAGCUGCUGCGCGCCCACCUGCACGCCCUCCCGCAAGCCACAACCCCCGUCGCCGCCCUCCUCGCCCUCGUCCGCGCCACCUGGGACGCCGCGCUCUCCGUCGCCGCCGGCGUCGCGGCCCUCGAGUCCUCGUUCGUGACUGAAGAGUGCAUACUCGGCGACGAGCGCAUGGGCGUGCGCGCCGCACUCCUCCUCCCCCAACUGCAGACCAAGGUCCGCGUCGACUUCGGGGUCGCCGUGGUGCUUGGCAGCGAGGUCGAGACGCAGGUUGGCGUGCGUGCCGAGGUGGUGUAUGGCGAGAAGUAUGGCGAGGAGAAGAUGGGCGCUUUUUUGCGCGAGUUUGUGGGGCCUGUGGUGAGGGAGGGGGGGAUGGGGGUUUGGGCUGAGGGGGUGAGGGAUUUGGGGGAAAGGUUGAGAAGGACGGGGCGGAAGGGGGAGAGGAAGUAGAUGGUUUUGGCGUUGCUGAUGGGUUAUGUGGCGUUUGGGUGGUCCUGGUUUGGAGUCGUUUAUACCUCGGUGCGCGUGAUGCCAUACAUUUCACGCUAUGUUUACUCGUCUGUACGUUGCGCAUGCCGUGACCGCCGUCCCGUGCAGAGCGCCCUAGAUACGCACCCUCUCCCCCCUGUCCGCAAAACCCACCGCUCUCUAAUCGACUGACUGGUGUUAACACGUCUCCAUGGAUCCGUGGCCCCGCGUCUCCCUAGCAGCGUCGCGAGACAGACGAAGCAGCGAACGUGAAGCUCCAGGCACGCUCCCGCCAUUUAAUCUCAAACACCGAACACCGUCUCAGUAUCUCGCUGGGAUGUACACCGCGUCGCGUAGAUCUCGUGAAGCAUCCUCCGCUAGUCGAGGACUGCCUCGUGUUUCGCUGUUUUGCGGUGUGGUGGUGCUCGAGAGAGAGAGAGGG